AUGGACCUGGUCACUUUCGACCGAGCGCAGGGGAAGUUCAUGUCCGGCAACGACGCGAAUAAUGAGCUGGCAACGGACACGGUGCAUCUCAGAUGCGGCGGCGGCGGAACCAUGACGACCAUCUACAGGCUUGGGUAUUGCGCCAGGGACAUCAAGGCGGCGGACUGCGGGCUGUGUGUGGCGCACACGGUGUACCGCUACUUCUUCCCGCUCAACGGCGUCGGCGAGUUGACCGACGAGGCUGCAGGCUGCCGCCGGAGUAUCGUCGCCGUCGUCUCCUGCCUCCUCGCCUCCAUGCUCCUGCUCCAUCUCCUCUUGCUCACGCCGUCGACAGCAGCCGCCGUGUCUCUCGACGCAACAGCAUCGCCGUGGCUGUGGCAGCAGGGUCGCCGCGGUCCUGCGGCAAGGAGGUUGUUGCUGGCCGCACAACCCAGGCCCACCACGGCCGUGGGCGGCACGGAGACCAACGAGUUCCACGUCAACGGCGGUACUCUUCCGGCGGCGGCGAACGGCAAGCCGGUGGAGGUGGGGUUCGACGCCAGCAUGAGGAAAUUUCCCAAGAGCGGCUCAAACAAAAAUCAUAAUUAG